AUGAGUAGAUAUCCAUAAGUGUUUUUAGAUUUUCAAAUAGGUACUUCAGCAGCAGGAAGAGUGAUUUUUGAAUUGUUUAAUGAUGUAACUCCUAAAACAGCUGAAAACUUUAGAGGACUAUGUACUGGAGAAUAUGGUAAUGUAGGAAUGGCAAGAAAGACAAAGAAAUUACAUUAUUUGAAUACAAAUGUAUUUAGAAUAGCAGAUAAUAUGUUAAUAUAAGGAGGAGAUAUAAUAAAUAAUGAUGGAACUGGAGUAAAAUAAUUUAAAAAUUUAGGGUGCAUCAAUAUAUGGUUAAACAUUUGUAGAUGAGAAUUUUUCAAGAAGACAUGCAUGUGCAGGUUUAUUAUCAAUGGCAAAUAGAGGAAGAAACACAAAUAAUUCAUAGUUUUUUAUAACAUUAAAACCAUGUCCACAUUUAGAUGGAAAACAUGUAGUAUUUGGAUAAGUUAUAGAUGGAAUAGAAGUUAUUAAAAGAGUAGGUUAAGUACCUGUAGAUAUGUAAGAUAGACCAAGAAUUCCUGUUAUUAUUAUUAAUUGUGGCGAGGUUUCUGAAUAAAAAAACUGGUUAAUAUGUGAUCCUUUUAAAAAAGAGAUUAUGGAAGAAAUUCAUAGAGAAAGAUUAAAAGCAUUAUAUGGAUAAGAAUAUUUGGAUGAAUUAGAUAAAGAAGAAGAGUAAAGAGAAUUAGCAUUGAAUCCUGAAAAGAUUAAGUAAUCUAAUUAAGAAAAUGAAGAAGAAUAAAAGAAAUAAUUGUUAGUUGAUGAAUUAUUAAAGAAAUCUUCAGAAAAUUAAGAAUAAGAAGAAGAUGAAGAAGAUUCUUAACAAAUAUUGUAAUAAUUUGAAGGAAAAGAUUUUAUGACUGAAAAACAUAAAUAGAGAUAUUUAGAAUUGAAAAAAAAAAUACAGUAAUCUAAAGUAUUAAAUGAUAAAGCAGUUUUAAAUGAAGAAAGAUAAAAUACAGAUGCCCAAUAUGAUAAAUAUUUAAGAAAGAAAAAAUAUCUUAUGAAAAAAGAGGCAGAAAAAUCAGAAUUAGAAUUUAAAUAAAUUGAUGAAGAUAAAGAUUAUUUAAAUAGAAUGUCUCUAAAACAUGAUGAGGAAUAAGAAAAAAAAAAAGAAUAUUUUGGAUGGGAUGUAUUUAAUGAAGAUGCUGUAUAUAAUGCUUAUAAGAAAAGAUGUACUUCUUUAGCAAAAGAUGAAGGAAAAUAUAUAUAAUAAAUGGGUAUAUUUAUUUAUAUAUAAGUUUUUAGAAAAAAAUCAAGAAUUCGUUCCUACAAAUGAAGCUUUAGAAAGACUCAGUUCUGAUAUAACAAAAUAAUAAGAGAAAAGAAAAGAGUUUUCAAGAAGAAGAAGAUUUAAUGAAGAUUAACCUGUUACUUAUAUUAAUGAAAGAAAUAGAAUAUUUAAUAAAAAAUUAGAGAGAUUUUUUGGAGAUUAUGCUGCAGAUAUUAAAGCUAAUUUAGAAAGAGGUACUGCAUCUUGAUAAAAAUGUAUAUUAUAUUUUACAAAUAUGGGU